AUGAACCACGAUGCCAUGUCAUUCUUCCAAAACAUCUCGGCCAGGCUCAGCACUGUGAGAAACUGCACGAAGAAACCUCACUGUAGGCGAGAGGAGGAGGCUCAGCCACAGCAGCCAAUUGCAUUACCCAAACAAUCUUCAACCCCACCUCCGUUAAUUUCCUCCGUAGCACCGCCGACACAAAGCGUUGUGAACGAGAAAGCGGCUUCCACGCCUGUUGUUUUGCCGUCGAGGGUGCAACCCACCGUUUCGGCCCGGUGGUCAGGCCCUGAGGCUGAAGUGCCAGAGAGCGCUGCCCGUCCGCGCCGCAACCGCACACCAUGUCCGCCUGUUAAGCAUAGAGGGGAAAAGAGUGAGGAGGAACUCCGACAAGUUAGCAGCAUCAUUAUGACGCAGGCGCAGGAACCGGCGUCCAAAAGCGUUAGAACAGGUGCGGCGGCCUCCUUAGUGGAAGCGUAUAGGUGUGUCAAUAGCAUUCGGGAUACGGGUGAGCCUCCCGGGGAAAGAACGGAUGACGUCACCAACAUCAACGGUAGUGGUGACAAUGACGAUGGUGGUAACACCAAACAGGCUAGGGCAAAACUUUAUGAAAAUGCCGUUUCAGAACAGGUGCGGCGGAUACAAAAGAUGCCAAAGAACACUUCACCUGUGAAUGCGAAGAAUCAUGCAUCCCUCCUUCCACGACAGCUUCCGCGUUUUCGUGACAAGAUCACACUUAUAUUAGAUCUUGAUGAGACGCUUGUACACAGCUCACUCACAAGUCAGUCGCGACAUCACGAUCUAGUGCUGGACGUACGAAUGGAGAACACAUCCACCACCGUUUAUGUUGCUUUUCGUCCCUUUAUGCGUGAAUUCUUGCAGGCCGUGGCACCUCUCUUUGAGGUCAUUAUAUUCACCGCCUCCGUCUCGGUUUAUUGCAACCAACUGAUGGAUGCAAUUGAUACUGACAAUAUACUCGGUUCCCUCCGACUUUACCGAGAGCACUGCAGUAUUCUCAAUGGCGCUUACGUGAAGGACCUCUCAUUGCUUGGUCGGGACCUGGAUCGUGUCGCUAUCAUUGACAAUAGCCCUGUGGCGUACUUAUUUCAGCAGCGUAAUGCAAUUCCAAUUCCGUCUUGGUUUGACGACCCUGGCGACAAUGAAUUGCAGCAGCUGAUUCCCAUGUUGGAGAUUCUCGCCGCGGAAUCUGAGGUUUACACUGUAUUAGACCAAUACAAUGCGGUGCUUCACUUACAGCAGGAACAAGCGAGACAAAACUCUCCGCAUUACUGA